CACAAAGCCCUCCUGUGCAGCCGCUCUAAAUAAAGGGACGCUGCUCUCUUCAAGGCAUCUCUGGAGUUUUCUAUGCAGUGUUUACGGGUGCGUGGGAGAACCUGGCAAAGCAAUGUGCGGUUCCUAUAUACGCUAAAAUCCCAGGCUCCGAAAAAAACAGAGUGAACCAGCAGAUUCCCCUCCCCGGCGUGGGAUCCAAUUUUUGCCCAGCAUAAGUGUGCGGUAAAUUUCUCAGCCUUAAAGCGCUUCCCGAGAGAUGGUUUGAGCGCUAGCGGUACGGAUGCGUAAACGCCGCUCCCGAGCGGGCGCGGGCCGGAGCCAACUCCAACCUGCGGCAAGUGUUUACUGCUGGUCCGCGCUCGUGUCCCACAGCUGCGAGUCCCCGCAGUGAAAGGAGGGGGCAGGGCACAGGAGUAGAUGGCGCUCUGGGGACUCCCGGGGUUCAGUUUUCCGCGGAACUCGAAAGGCCUGCAGCAGUCUGGCGGGAACACGCCGCGGAGCUCAUUCCAUCUUGGCUUCUCCAAAAUGGUUCACACGGACUGGCGAGUCUUUCCCCUGCCUCCUCCAAGUGUCUGGCACCAGUUCUACCGUUUGAAAUGGUCUUGGACUGGGAUGUGAGGCCUCAAAGUCACGAGAGGGCAGGGCAGGAUGGAGGUGGGGAGAAAAGGCGGGCUGACCCGUCCUCCAGCCCGUAUGCAAAGCUGGAAGGGGAACGGGGAGAAGGACCACCGAUGCCACCUCGGGCCCGGCUCUGACCUGCAGGUUUGGCAGGCGCGGAGGCGGAGGCUGCCAGGUCCCUGGGAGGCAAACGCAGCGCCGCAGUGGGUGCUGGCAGAGAGCCUAGAGCCGCGCGUCUGAGCGACAAGCUGCCUAUGAGUGUGGCUUCUGCACUCACCAAGCUUCGCAGGGAGCUCAGACCUGUCCCCAGUGCUUGAGCAGAGGCUCAUCCAGAGGGUUCAGGUGGAGGGCUCCAAUGGAGCUUCUCCUGGAACGAGGGGCCCAGUCAACAGGGUGGCUGAGGAAAGUGUCCUCAAAGCUUAGAGUCUGUCACUUCCCAGGUGAAUCAGCUCGCCAGGGAAUGGAGCUAGAUAUUUUGUGGGGGUGUUUCCUAAACUCAGUCUCAGGAAAGUUGUUUUCGGGACACCUGGACCAGGGAGUCGCCUCGAGCUUCUCGGUAGCUGGAGUGCUGCCCGGCGCGCAGCGCUGGCACAUCGCCCCCACACAUGCCCGUUUCCCUUUGCCACAGGCAGGCCGCCUCUGCAGAGCUGUCGCAGGGCUCUGGGCUUCCCUCCCUGGAAGCUGAUUGUCCUGCACUCCAGCUGUUUCCCAAAUCUUUCCUUCCUCCCAGCACCCCUAGUACAACGACGAUUCCAGCUGCGGACCACAUCUGUCUCAGUUACUUCGAAGCCACCUACUGCCCCCUCGCGGAGUGCAUGGGGCUCCCGGCUCGCAGACUCCCACGGCAAGUAGCAAGCAGCAAAAGGCGUGGUAGCUGCGGCGCUGGAAUGAGACAGUUGUCAACAGCUGGCGCAGCUGCCGCGCUGCGCACCGGGACCGGCGAGUACGCAGCCCAGGUACUGCCCCUUCCCAGUGACGUCUCUGCAGCGGGUUAUAAAAGCCUCGUGCGCAGCUAACUACCGAGCUGAGCAACCCGAACCGAGAGGUGCCCGCGAAACUGCAGGCGGCGGCAGCGGCAGCAAAAGCGAAGGAAAAAUCUCCAGCUGGACACGGAGCUCCAGAAUCCUGACCAUAGGCUGAGAACUUUUACAGGUCGCGCUGCAAUGGGCCCCCACUUCGCUCCUACGUCCUCACGUAGCACAGGGCUUUGCCUUUCCUGGCGGAGGAAGGGGAAAUAGGAGUUGCAGGGAGCAGCAGGUGCAUAAAUCAUAAAGGCGGGGAUCUCUUGCUUCUUAGAACCAUGGCCGGUGGAAUUUCUUUCCCUUUUUCAGUUUAACGCAAGAGAGAUGCUGUCUCCAGACUUCUGAACUCAAAUGCCUCCUGAAGCUUGAAAGUGGAGGAAUUCAGAGCCACCGUGGGCAGGCAGGCAGCGCAUGCAGAAGCGUUUAUAUUCUGAGCUCCAGUUCAGCUUUCAAAAAGAGUGCUGCCCAGAAAGAGCCUCCCACCCUCCUGUCCGACUUCAGCAGGACCCUGAGCCCCAGGCGCCAGCCACAGGACUCUGCUACAGAGGGGGGUUGUGUACAGAUAGUAAGGUUUUACCGCCUAGCUUCGAAAUGGAUAACGUCCUCCCGGUGGACUCAGACCUCUCCCCAAACAUCUCCACUAACACCUCGGAACCCAAUCAGUUCGUGCAACCAGCCUGGCAAAUUGUCCUUUGGGCAGCUGCCUAUACGGUCAUUGUGGUGACCUCUGUGGUGGGCAACGUGGUAGUGAUGUGGAUCAUCUUAGCUCACAAAAGAAUGAGGACAGUGACCAAUUAUUUUCUGGUGAACCUGGCCUUCGCGGAGGCCUCCAUGGCUGCAUUCAAUACGGUGGUGAACUUCACCUAUGCUGUCCACAACGAAUGGUACUACGGGCUAUUCUACUGCAAGUUCCACAACUUCUUCCCCAUCGCUGCUGUCUUCGCCAGUAUCUACUCCAUGACGGCUGUGGCCUUUGAUAGGUACAUGGCCAUCAUCCAUCCCCUCCAGCCCCGGCUGUCCGCCACGGCCACCAAAGUGGUCAUCUGUGUCAUCUGGGUCCUGGCUCUCCUGCUGGCCUUCCCCCAGGGCUACUACUCAACCACAGAGACCAUGCCCAGCAGAGUCGUAUGCAUGAUCGAAUGGCCAGAGCAUCCCAACAAGAUUUAUGAGAAAGUGUACCACAUCUGUGUAACUGUGCUGAUCUACUUCCUCCCCCUGCUGGUGAUUGGCUAUGCAUACACCGUAGUGGGAAUCACACUAUGGGCCAGUGAGAUCCCCGGGGACUCCUCUGACCGCUACCAUGAGCAAGUCUCUGCCAAGCGCAAGGUGGUCAAAAUGAUGAUCGUCGUGGUGUGCACCUUCGCCAUCUGCUGGCUGCCCUUCCACAUCUUCUUCCUCCUGCCCUACAUCAACCCGGAUCUCUACCUGAAGAAGUUUAUCCAGCAGGUCUACCUGGCCAUCAUGUGGUUGGCCAUGAGCUCCACUAUGUACAACCCCAUCAUCUACUGCUGCCUCAAUGACAGGUUCCGUCUGGGCUUCAAGCAUGCCUUCCGGUGCUGCCCCUUCAUCAGCGCCGGCGACUAUGAGGGGCUGGAAAUGAAAUCCACCCGCUAUCUCCAGACCCAGGGCAGUGUUUACAAAGUCAGCCGCCUGGAGACCACCAUCUCCACAGUGGUGGGGGCCCAUGAGGAGGAGCCAGAGGAUGGCCCCAAGGCCACACCUUCAUCCCUGGACCUGACCUCCAACUGCUCUUCACGAAGCGACUCCAAAACCAUGACAGAGAGCUUCAGCUUCUCCUCCAAUGUGGUCUCCUAGGCCACAAGGCCUUUGGCAGGUGCAGCCCCCACUGCGUUUGUCCUGCCUCCCUUCAUGCAUGGAAAUACCCUUCAUCUGGAACCAUCAGAAACACCCUCACAUUGGGGCUUGCAAAAAGGGUCAGUAUGGCUUAGGGAAAACGUUUCAUCCUCAAGUCAAAAAAAAUCUCAAUUCUUCCCUAUCUUUGCCACCCUCAUGCUGUGUGACUCAAACCAAGUCAUUGAACUCUGCUGAGCCUGUAAAAUAAAAGGUUGGACCAGCUUUUCCCAAAAGCCCAUUCAUUCCAUGAUUCUGGAAGUGACUUUGGCUGCAUGCGAGUGCUCAUUUCAGGAUGAAUUCUGCAGCACAGCUGCAGACCCGGAAGACUCAUUUUCCUGGAGCCCCGUGUUACUUCAAUAAAGUUAUUUCACAUUAGCCUCCUGCAGCUGGAGGCUCCCAUCACCCCAGCCUACACUUGACAGGAUGAACAAAAGAAGGCGCCACAUAAUAUCUAAAUGAAAAAUUUAGCCCUUUCUUCAAAGCAUCUGUGAAAAGAAACAUAUGUAUUCCCCUUUUUGGCAUCUCAGUAUUUCAGUGCAUUUACACAUCAUGAGAUUGAGAACCUCGAGCUUCCACAUUAUGUCCCCAGUGACUGUCCUGAGCAGCCGACACAAGCAGACUAUGUCCACUGAUACCUGCUAAUGUCUCUUACAGACCAGGAGUUGGUAGACUUGCACUGCAUUUAAUGUGUAGCUGACCCUUUUUUCCUACUUAUAAACAAGGAGGCUGAGUUAGAUAAUCUAAGUGUUCCUUUGAAUCUUAACAUCAUAUGGUUCAAGGUUGUAUGGGUUUUUUUUUUUU